AUGGCUGUGAUUUUAUCCAAGAAAGCUGAAUUUUGCUCAGAUUGUACGGUUGAGUUCUGGGCGUGUUGCGGUGUAGUUUAUGCUGCCGCUUGGAGGUUUCAAGUGCCCCUUCCUGAGAAUCCGCCAUGGUGGAAGGCAUUUGAUGCUGAGAAAUCAGGGAUUGACGAAGUUUGUAGGGUGCUGGCUCAUCUGUACAGCCUUCCUAAAGCAAAGUACGUACCAGUCUGUAAGGAUGGAGAUUCUUUUGCAUUUUCUAACAAGUCAUGUAAUUCACAGCCUCGGCCAAUUCCAAAGGCUGCAGCAGAAGUCAAUCCUGAAUCUGGUGGAUCAAAGGGUGUGUUGGCCAAGCUAGCCAUUGACAAGCUGAAGGACUCUAAAGAGAGUGAUGAAAGUAUGCCUAUUGAGGGAGAGGCAAUAGAAGAUUUCAGUAUCAAAUCCAAGUCUGAACGCAAAAUGGAAUCUAGUGGCAAUAAAAGCUGGGACAGGGACAGGGAGAGAGGUAAGGAGACAGAGACAGGGAUAGAAUGA